GCCGCCGCCGGCGCCCCCGGCCCGGCCGCUCCCCGGCGGCCCCGCGCGUGCCGCCCCGGGACACCGAGGCCUGUGUGACCAUUCUCUCAAAUACCUCAGCUCCAGGAUCACGGAGCGGAAGCUGCAGGGCUCCUGGCUGCCCGCGGGCCGAGGGACUCUGGAGAAACCAUUCCCGGGCCCCCGAGGCGCCGUCAUGCCCGUGUUCAGCCCCCAGCACGGCCUUCACCCCGUGCACCCCGACAGCAGCCCGCUGAAGCCCCGGGUGGUGACAGUGGUGAAGCUGGGGGCGCACCCCCUUCGCAAGAUCACUCUGCUGCUCAACAGACGCUCCGUGCAGACCUUCGAGCAGCUCCUGGCCGACAUCUCCGAGGCCCUGGGCUUCCCGCGAUGGAAGAAUGACCGGGUGAGGAAGCUCUUCACCCUCAAGGGACGGGAGAUCAGGAGCGUGUCUGACUUCUUCCGCGAAGGGGACGCCUUCAUCGCCAUGGGCAAAGACCCGCUGACGCUGAAGAGCAUGCAGGUGGCCGCCGAGGCCCUGUACCCCAGCAAGGGCCGCUCGCUGACGCUCACCCAGCAUAACCGGGUACCGUCUCCCAGGCUGAGGAGCCGCCUCUACAGCCGGGCCUUGAGAUGGGGCCACCACUGCGGGGAUGCCGAGACCCUCAAGAGCAGCAGCGAGGCAGCCGGGCCCACGGCCACCGUCAGACAGGAGGGCAAGAGCCCUCUGGGGCCGGCCUCGGAGGACAGGACCCGGGUCCAGAAGAAGUGGGUGAGGGGCAAGUGGGAGCCCGAGCUGCCCCGGGAAGCCACGCUGGAGGAGAGGCACGCCAGCGGGGAGAAGCACCUGGGCCUGGAGAUCGAGAAGACGUCGGGGGAGAUCAUCCGCUGUGAGAAGUGCAAGAGGGAGCGGGAGCUGCAGCAGCAGGGCCUGCAGAGGGAGCGGCUGUCCCUGGGCACCAGCGAGCUGGACCUGGGCACCCGCCACAGCUACGAGGUGGAGAAACUGGUGAGGACGAGGAGCUGCAGGCGGUCGCCGGAGGCGGCGACCACGGAGGACGGGCCCCGGGGCAGGAAUCCCGCGCUGGAGCUGCGGAGGCCCGGCAGGAGCUCGGGGAAGAAAGAGGACAGAGAGCUGGAGGCUGCGGAAGGGGGUGUCCCUGUCCCUGGUGCCACCAAGGUGAAGAAGGAUCCCGGGGAAGCCCGGCCCGUGCGAGAGGAGGGUCUGAGGGAGGGCAGGAAGGAGCCCCGGAGCGCUGCUGCACGCAGCCGCCCUAGCACCUGGCUGCUAAGGGAGCAGCAGGCUGAGGCCGAGAAGCCACCUAGACCCCGGGAGGAGGAGCUGGAGGCCGAGAAGGAGAAGCGGCCUGCGGCCUCCGGAGGGAGGAGAGCCACCGCAGCAUCCCGGGAGGAGGAGCAGCCCGCCAAGGCCGAGAAGGAGCCCCGGCCCCGGCCCGAGGAGAGCAAGGCUGAGCGGCCGAGCGGGCGCAAGCCAAGGCCCGGUGGCAUCAUCGCGGCCGACGUGGAGAAGCACUACGACACGGGCAAGGUCAUCGGUGACGGGAACUUCGCCGUGGUGAAGGAGUGCCGGCACCGGGAGACCCAGCAGGCCUACGCCAUGAAGAUCAUCGACAAGGCCAAGCUCCGGGGCAAGGAGGACAUCGUGGACAGCGAGAUCUCCAUCAUCCAGAGCCUCUCGCACCCCAACAUUGUGAAGCUGCACCAGGUGUACGAGACGGAGAAGGAAAUUUACCUGAUCAUGGAGUACGUGCAGGGCGGGGACCUCUUUGAUGCCAUCAUGGAGAGCGUCAAGUUCCCCGAGCGCGAGGCCGCCCUCAUGCUCCUGGACUUGUGUCAGGCGCUCGUCCACAUGCACGACAAGGGCAUCGUCCACCGCGAUCUCAAGCCGGAGAACCUGCUGGUUCAGCGAAAUGAGGAUAAAUCUACCACCUUGAAGCUGGCCGAUUUUGGCCUUGCAAAACAUGUGGUGAGACCUAUAUUUACUGUGUGCGGAACCCCGACCUACGUGGCUCCUGAAAUUCUUUCUGAGAAAGGUUACGGGCUGGAGGUGGACCUGUGGGCUGCGGGCGUGAUCCUGUACAUCCUCCUGUGCGGCUUCCCCCCCUUCCGCAGCCCCGAGAGGGAUCAGGAUGAGCUCUUCAACAUCAUCCAGCAGGGCCACUUCGAGUUCCUGGCCCCUUACUGGGACAAUAUCUCUGACGCUGCCAAAGAUCUGGUGAGCCGGUUGCUGGUGGUAGAUCCCAAAAAGCGCUACACAGCCCACCAAGUUCUUCAGCACCCCUGGAUCGAAAGUGCUAGAAAAUCCAGCAUGGUCCGCCUACCAAAGGAGGCACCCCCCAGUGGCGAGGGCCACUUCCAGGGCCUGCACAAGCGGGCUGUGGAGCAGGCGACCUUGUAAGUUUCGCCUCAGCAUCU